AUGACAACCAUUCUUUUCGUUCCUGGAGCCUGGAUUGCCAGGGCUUUCUACGAGCCAUUCCUUCAAGCGCUUAUGGUUGCUGGCUACAAUGUUCGCUAUGCAGCUUACCCCUCGUUAAACCCCUCGGACCCGUCAACAACCGAUUGCCACACUGACACCGAAGGUAUCGCCGUGGUCCUUCGUUCUUUCGUGGAAGAGGAUGGACAAGACGUCAUGCUCUUUCUACACUCAUACGCCGGCAUGCCUGGCGCCGCUGCAGCUACCGGGCUAUCCAAGUCUCAGCGGGCGCAAGAGGGGAAAGUCGGCGGCGUCAUUGGAUUGCUAUUCUUGGGGGCCUUCAUUGUGCCUGAAGGUUCCAGCUGUGCCGGUCUCCAGGGCGGAAAUCUACCCCCCUGGAUCUUGCUUGAUCGACCCUCGGCGAAUCUCAAUGUUGCAGAUGAUCCGAUCAAUAACUUCGCUGCAGAUGUCGAUCUGGCCCAGGCCCAGUCCCUGGUCGCAAAUCUCAAACCACACGCAACCCUACCAUUCACUUCCCCUCAGCCUCAUCCAGCCUGGGCAGACGAGGCCUUCCGGGGGCACUUGGCGUUUAUAGUCACCACCGAGGAUCGUGCUGUGCCAAGGGAGGCGCAAUUCGGUAUGAUAGCCGCCACCCAGAAGCCGUGGAUCGUCAAGGAGCUUGCAUCCAGUCAUUGUGCACCGUUCCUGAAUCGGAUCGAGGAGACAGUGGAAAUGACUCGCCAGAUUGUUGUCAAAUUCCUGUAA